CCUGAGCAAAAAAACAAAAAAAAAGUAAGCGAUGAUCACAGCCCUUGAUUUAUUUGUGUGCGAUCAAGCCAGUAUUUUUUGGCCCGAUCGGAGUGGCUUUUCUGCAGAGCGCGAUCAGUAAAAGUGGUUUCUUUUUAUCUCGAAUUGUGAAUUUCCCUCCAUUUCAAAAUUGACAAGCUUUCAAGUUUUUGUGCUCUCUUUUUUGAAAAUUCAAACUUUAUCUUUUGUACAUUUUCUUAUUUUCAAUUCCGCAUUAUUGCUACAGAAAAUAAUGUUUCGGUCAGUAGCUACUCGUGUCGCACUUUUGCGCAGAACGUCCGGCGCCAGGCCAGCUUUCCAGGCAACAUUGAGUAAAACGGCACCAGCAGUUAUUUUGCGCUCUGCAGCCACAUACUCGAAGAUCCUAGACAAAGUGCUGGGCAUCGAUGUUCGCGAGAAGACCAAAAUGGUACCGACAAAGGAGGUUGACCCGAUGUAUCUUAAGCCUACGAUUCUUCCGCCCACGCAUGGCGUGCAGAUUUGCCGUGUAGCGUUCCGGUCGUUCCAGCUGCACCGCAUGGACUUUUACAUGGACUUUUGUCGCAAAGCGGCCUUCAACAUGGGCAUUCCGUGCACAGGCACAGUGUGCCUGCCACGGGUGAUCCGUCGCUGGACAGUGCUCAAGUCGCCCUUUGUGCACAAGUCCUCCAUGGAGGUCUUUGAGCGCCGCACGCACAAGCGUCUUUUAGUUGUGCGCGACGCCGAUCCCGAGGUUGUCAAGAAGUGGCUGGCGUACAUUAACAAGAAUAUGCCAGCCGGCCUGGGCAUGAAAUACUGGAUGACCGAGCACGAGCCGAUGGAUAUUGGCGCGCAGAUCGAAAAUGCCCUUAAGACGGGCGAUACGCGCCAGAUCGACGCGGGGGCCAUUUCGAACACCAAAUAUGUCGAGAAGCUGGUCGAGCGCGGCCGCAGACGCAUGUGGACGACCUAUAAGGAUCUGCCGGUCUACGGCAGAGCGGAUGUGGAGAAGCUGGCAAUGGACAUUGCGGGCAAGCUCAAGGUCAACCCUAGGGCUAACAUUGAGGAGAUUACUCGCGACGCUGUCAUGGGAUCGAGGCCACCCAGCCCUCCAAAAAAGUCAAAGAAGGCCGCUGAAAAUACUGCUGACGCCGCUGCUCCUGCCCCUACUGCCCCCGAAUCGACGUCUUGAAGCGUCUUUUUCGACGAGUUAAGGCGAGAAUUCCGCUAUUAAUGUUCACCCCCUUCUUAUUUAACUUUUUCGCUCUCUUUGCUGUCGCAGCACCCUUUAUCACCAAAAAAUAUACAAAUGUG